AUGCCCGCACCAACCUCCCCCAAACGUACGAUGGAGCAAAUGGGGACUCCGACACGUAAAUUUAGACAUUCAAAGCGUUCGAAAAGCAAUAAGGCUCAGGUUCCUACAACGAAUAUACUUCAAAACUCAUCUUCUUCGCAAUUCACCUCCAGCGAAAUUGAUGAGCCUGCGGCUAUGGAGAUCCCCUCAACGACGCACGAGAGCGCCGACUAUCCAUUAAUACUCCCAAAGAACCGUACACCUCGAUCAGCAGAAGAGAGUGGCUCUGGUGAUUCGAGGUCCUCCCCAAAACGAAAACCGCGUCGCCACGCAAAAAGAUCCGGUUCCAAACGUGCAUGUAAGUCCAAAGAUUGUGAGACGACGGUGAUAAGAGAGGUGCAACAAGCGUACCAAUUGGCCAUGUCGAUUCUUCCCAAACGCGACCGUGUAGGGGGGCCAGAGGCUGUCGCAAACGCCUUUCUCGAUGUUCACCAUGUUGAGCUAUUUGAUCACUGUCUACGAUCAACCGCCGCUGCGGAGUACUUUAUGAAUGUCACACAUCUUUAUCUUCAAAAAAACGAGCUUGAGGACGUUGAGGGGCUGCAACUCCUUUCCAAUCUCCAAGUUCUUGUCCUUCAUCACAACCGGAUCCGCGCAAUUGCUCCUUUGGCUCCUCUAAAAAAAAUGAUGUACCUAGACAUGGGCUACAACUUUGUCGCUCAGAUCCGUCCCGCCUCGGACUUGCCAUGCCGUUCACUGAAGUGUUUAAAUCUCAUCGGAAACCCGUGCUGCCCGGUCCCCAGCGAUUCGCUUGAUUCGGUUGCCACACCCUCUGAUGACUUACCCCAUCCAGGGGACUCCUCUGAAGCUAUCACAAGCUACCGUCAAGCGAUCUGUGACGCGUGCUUUCAAAUGGAGGAGCUUGACAACAUGCCAUGUCACACCGACAACACGAGUCAAUGGGGCAACUUGGAAAAGUGGGAUGGAAAAGGAAAAAAUACUCGUGUAGCCGCCUUUACACCCUAUUUCACUCCAACAACAGAGAAGGUCAACCCCAUAAAAGAUGAAGCCACCCAUUCCAGUGCUAAAAAGGAGCAUGCAAGUCCAUUUAGCAACCGAAAGUCUGAACCCACGCGUGAAAAGGGUGAAAUCAUUCCUUUAGAGGGGGGGGGUCUGUGCCAAGUACAAUUAAAAAUGGACCGCAACAUGAGACCCUUGCACAAUCCGCAUCUUGUGUUGCCACCACACCCUCAACAGGUUGUCGAACAAAGUUGA